AAAAUGAUUAAGAAUAGAUGUUGGGGUGUAGAAGACAGCGGGGAGAAGUUUUUGCUCGGUGUGUGUUCUCAGAGAUCGGUUCCUGCUCACAUAGAGAUGGCUGUCCGCGCUUCCUUCGAGAAUAACAAUGAGAUCGGCUGCUUCGCCAAGCUGACAAACACCUACUGCCUGGUGGCCAUUGGAGGCUCGGAGAACUUCUACAGUGUUUUUGAAGGGGAGCUUUCAGAGUCAAUACCUGUUGUCCAUGCAUCAAUAGCCGGGUGUAGAAUUAUUGGAAGGAUGUGUGUAGGAAACCGUAAUGGCCUUCUAGUUCCAAGCAACACAACAGACCAGGAGCUCCAAAAUAUAAGAAACAGUUUGCCAGACUCAGUUCGUAUCCAGCGAGUGGAGGAGCGGCUGUCCGCCUUAGGGAAUGUGAUAGCCUGUAAUGACUAUGUAGCGCUGGUUCACCCUGACCUUGACAGGGAGACGGAGGAGAUUUUGGCAUAUGUCCUGAAAGUAGAAGUAUUUAGACAGACUGUUGCUGAUCAAGUGCUGGUUGGAAGUUACUGUGCUUUCAGCAAUCAAGGAGGUUUGGUGCAUCCUAAAACAUCAAUAGAACACCAAGAUGAGCUAUCGGCUCUUCUCCAGGUCCCCCUUGUGGCUGGAACAGUGAAUCGAGGUAGUGAAGUCAUUGCAGCAGGAAUGGUUGUCAAUGACUGGUGUGCUUUCUGUGGUCUGGACACAACAAGUACAGAGCUGUCAGUAAUAGAAAGUGUAUUCAAAUUAAGUGAUGCCCAGCCAAGCACUAUUGCCACUAGUAUGAGAGACUCCCUCAUUGACAGCAGAAACGUGGGCUGAGUGUACAAUAAAGGAAGUAUCUCUGCACAUUAGUUGGGUGAACCAGUAUUCCUCCCCUCUGUCAUACUGAUCCAAAGGCUUCUCUACUUUAGUAUCUGACAUAACCAGUGUAGUGCCUGGUCUCUGUCAGAUUUUCAUAAAGUAAGCCAGGCCCUCUAGUAUUGAGUCUCAAUAAAAAUCUGAUAAAUUC